AUGACCGAUGUGAAUAGUCUUUCUGCACUACACGAGUACACUUCAGCCUUCAUUGCGGCGAUGCCUCCGGUGCUUCCGAGUCAGACGAUGACGCCAUCUUCCUUGUUUAAAACUGUGCGAAUGGUAUCCUCGUCUACAGAUGCUGUUGGAUCCUAUUUGCCUGCCAACAGGGAUUCGGCAGUCCGCGGGUCGUGGUCGGUGGUGAAGCCGCGAGCGGACCACUGUGGUGGUGUCUGUUGGGGGCGGGAGGUGGAGGCGGCGGUGCUGCGCCGUGAGAUGUCGCUUCGCCGCCAGUUGGACCGCCAGCGCCACGCGGAGGAGCAGCGGCGGCGGCAGGAGAACGCGGAGUUGUUGGCGCGGCACGCAGAGGAGCAGCGGCGGCGGGACUGCGAGUGGGACGGCCGCUUGCAGAAAGUGCUGCGGGAACACAUGAAGGAGACACUCGGACUGCGGGAGGAGAUUGAACGCGAACAGGAGCUCGUCGCACGGAGUGAGGCACAGCUUACAGAGACGCGGACACAACUCACUCAACUUCAUACACAGUUGGAGGAGAUGUUGCGGCAAAAAAGGGAGAGUGAGGCUCUUGCACGUGAAGCAGACACUGCAUCACUUACAGAGAUGCACCAAAAGUCUUUGGAACGACUACAACGCGUUUUUGAAGAAGACAAACUUCAGGCAAAACAGUGGUUUACAGAAGAGCUCCAACGUGUUCAGAGUAAUUAUGAGAGAUUGCGAACAGAUGCUGAAGAUUCCCACCGCCAACAGCUUCGACGUAUGGAGGCGGAUAUGACGGAGUUACAGCGGCGUCUUCGUGACAGUGAAGCGGAGGUGCAGCAGUACAAGGCUAAAGCAGCCGCCGCAGCAGCAGUUAAACCAGCGUUAACAUCUGCAGAUGAGGCACGAACACGGGAGGAGAUUCGCACCUUACGUACACAGUUGAGUGACGCUCUAGAUGCAAAACUUCGUGCAGACCGGCGUGCAACAGAAGCAGAACGGGAGACAAAUGAGCGGUUUAAAGCACUGGAAGUACUUCAGAUGGAGUUUGAUGCCGUUGUGGCACAACAUGAUAAGGAACAGCGUUCAUUACGGGAGGCUAACCAAGAUUUAACAGAUGAACUUACACGUACACGCACCGCUCAUGCCGAGGAGAUAGAGAAUCUACGAAAGAAUGUACGCACCAACGAGAGCGUAACUUCUCGUGAAACGGCAAAAGAGUUCGAAGCAACGUUUCGCCGCAUGAAUGAACGUUAUGAUGACAUGCGACGGACACUAGAGGAAGAGAAAACACAACUGAUGAGACGUCUGAAAGAAGUAGAACAACAGUAUGAUGAUGCAAAAAGGCGACUGCAGUUGCAAAUAGAGCAAGUAGAGGAGAUGCGGUCUGAGGGGAUACGUCAACAGCACCAAAACACAGAAAAAGAUCGUCUCAUCACAGAGUUGCGUUUAAGCAUAGAAGAGUUAAAGCGGACAGGUGGCGCAGUUGCUGACCUUACAGCGCGUAACCGCGAAUUACAGCAAGAAAUUGAACAGCGUCGUCGACAGCAUGAGUCAGCUGUGCAGGCGAUGGACAACAACGUACAGGAGCUGCGCCGUGAGCGGGAUGCGGCUCAGGGGAAAGUUGCUGCUCUUGUAGAGGAAUUAUCUACGGCACAACGGUCUUAUAGCGAGAAGGAGACACGAAGUAAACAACUUCUAGAUGAGGCGGAGUUACGGGAGCGCCAAUUGCGUCGUGAAGCCGAGGAGGCAAAACAGAACAUAGAAUCAUUGAAAGAGCACUGCAGUCAGUUGCAAGCCACUGCAGCAGCAGCAGCGGUGUCGGCACCAAAGACACAAAAUUUGCUUUAUGAAAAAGAUAAUGAACUGGCACGUUUGCGCAAUACUAUUGAUGCAGUGAAGCAUGAUAGGGAUGUACUGGAGCAAAGACUACGCGAAGAGAGCGUAGUUAUCACUAAAAAGGAACAAGAAUUGUAUGAAAGGCAGGUAAUAUCAGAACGCUUAAAUAUGGAAGUUAUAUCACUACGUGAACAGCUUCAAAUGGCUACAAAGUAUGCACAAUCAGUUGGGAAUCGACCUUCUAUGCAAGAAGCACAGCAUUCUCUCUUAGUAACCAAACCAACGGGAGGAUUGCCUUCUGAUGAACAACAUGCACCGAGAGAUACCAUUACGAAUACACCAGCAGCACCAGUACAGCCAUCAACUGGUUCGGCGCCAGCGGUGCCAGUUCCUAUGCCAACACAGAUGAGAAGCUCUACUCCUUCUGUGCCUAGCGUAUCACCAACAGCAGCAGUACAGCCAUCA